AUGGUGGAGCUGACCAGGGUGCCUGUUCUUCCUCGUAGGGUGUUUUUCCUGAAUGUGCCAUUCGAUUCCAUCCUUGAGCGGCUGACCCUGAGAAGAACCGACCCUGUCACAGGAGAAAGGUCCCACCUCAUGUACAAGCCGCCUCCGACCAUGGAAAUCCAGGCCCGUCUCCUGCAGAGCCCAAAGGAUUCUGAAGAGCAGAUCAAGCUCAGAAUGGAUCGGUUCUACAGGAAUUCCGCUGAGCUGGAGGAGUUCUAUGGGCAGGCCAUCACCCUCAAUGGGGACCAGGACCCGUACACGGUCUUUGAAUACAUAGAGAGUGGGAUCAUUAAUCCCCUGCGCAAGAAAGCUCCCUGAUGGGUUAAGAGCAAGGAGCAUCCCCCAGGGACACAAAGCUAAUCCUUCUUCCCCGACCUUCUGGAAACUCAGCCAAGCCAAUAAAGAGUGCUGAGUGCAGUCUCGUGUGUCCUGAAGGUGAGGUGGCCGGAGGCUGCCUCGUUUGGGGGUCUGGGGACACAGGACAGGCAAAGUCCAGGAAAGCAGUCAAGUAGAGCGCUGCGGACCAGGUCGGACCUGGGAUGCGGUGUGGCUCCAGCAUCAACGUGCUGUGCACCCUGGGGUUGUCACCCGAUCCUCGGAGGGCCUCGUU